AUGGAUCCGCGCAAGCUGGGGAAGAUCAAAGGCCUUUUACUGGUGUUGUUACUUCUUCCGCUAUCUCACGGCAGCACAACAAAUAAAGACAAAAAUCAAACGUCUGAAUCUGACAUAACAGGUUUGAAAAGAAGUUCUCGAGCGGUUGUUCCCAUCGAAGCUAUCCCAUGGCCUGGUGGCGUCGUGCCCUACCUAAUCGACAAGCAGUAUUUCUGUAAGUCAUUACAGACGCCAUCUCAGUUUUUAUUAAAUAGGUCUGUCCUCAUGAUGCACAUACGCUACAUGAGGCAAAAUGUUAGCGUAAAUGAAUUAAUUAAUUAAGCGCACGACCAAACCAUCUACAGAUGUGGCAAUAUUUACACACUUGUUCUGAGGAAAAUGUGUCCCGAUGGGUAUAAUUAAGCCUGACCUUCGUAUGUAUAGAGAUGUGGAAUAUGGGCAAUUUUUUCAAUAUAUUGAUAUGAGUAUGGAGCAAACUCAAAAUCCACUUCCUGGUGUGUGUGUGCUUAUCUCUCAUAACUGACUAGCUUAGCUUAUGAAUUGCAAUACUGAUAAGUCCUCGAUGUACAGGGUAUUCCCAGAAUUAGUACAGCGACCUGGAGAUAAUUUCAAGAAAAGUUGCUGGCUUAAUUAGAGAAGAAGAAAACAGAAGAAUUUAAAUUUUCAAGUUUUUUUCGAAAUCACAUUCUCCUGGCGUUGAACAAUUGAAUGAAAUUGGCACCGAUUCAUUAAACGGGCCCUUAUGAUUACUAUAUUUUUGAAAGUAUGAUUACAUUUUUUAAAUAUUCGUGCCAUGACUACCUUAACUGCCACGUGAAAUCGUAGUCCCAAUUCUUUAGUCAAAUUUUUUUUAAGUCUGCAUGUUUCCUAACUCUCGCCGUCGUUGUGCAUACUGCAAAAGAUGGUCGCGGAGGAGUGGACAUUUGACUUUGGGCAAUUUAAUGGAGUUGGCAUACAAACCGACACAAUCGGGGAAAUUGAAACUGUGUAUGUUUCAAGCAAACAUCUUUGAAUGCCUAUGCAGCAUGAUUCCUUCAAGACUACAAUGCACAGCGUAUCUCAUAAAACGUUGACCGAACUUUUAAAUGUAUUUUUGAUUAUAAACAUACUUAGGCGGACUUGUUAAUGAGCAGAAUAAUCCCCAGGUAUUUCAGUCACACUAGGGUGCGCACUUUUAAGUGCGCUUCCCUCUAGCUCUCCGCAAACAUACACUCGGUAGUAUAAUUGGUUUUCUUCUUCACGAAUGGAAGAGAAUAUGCGCAUCCCAGGUUCUUGUUUAAAAGAAGGCGAAGGCACGAUCACUGGGACAGUAGGUUUAUUUGCCUGAGCUUUCGAACUCGAACUAGAGUUCAUCAUCAGAGACUACUCGAGUGCAGCAAAUUGUGAACAUUUAUAAUGUUCGUCUUUGCGGGGGGGGAGGGGAAGUACGUCCGUGGCUAGGUAGGGUUUGUGCCGCCUGGUCCACGAUGUUCCCCCGGCGUGGUGACGCCGUUUGUACUUUGCGACGGUGUGAGCUGCGCCACCUGGCUGCGUGGGCGGAGCGCGUGAUAGAACGCAGGCAACUCGAUGUGUCUGUUGAUGGAGUUGGUGUCCGACACCCACGCCUCCAACAGCUCUCGCCCUGCCUUGUUGCCGGCUCGCGCCAAUAUCCGCGUGUUGGCAAAGUCGAACACAUGCCCUUCCUCCAGCGUGUGAGUGGCUACUUGAGACAGUAGGUCGCCUCUACGAACGGCCCGUUUGUGCUCAAGUAUUCGUGAGCUCAGACGUCGUCCUGUCUGGCCUGUCCGAGGCUACAGAACGCAUUGCGUCAGAGCUAGGCGUGGGCAUCGCUCAUCAUCCGGCGGCCACCAUGCGUAGCAAGAUCAUGAAAAUGAAGGAUCGGCUGGACGCAGGUGAACAGUCGUGCGUAGUCUAUCGGAUCCCGUGCCAAAACUGUCCUUGCCACUACACAGGCCAGACACGACGACGUCUGAGCUCACGAAUACUUGAGCUCAAACGGGCCGUUCGUAGAGGCGACCCACUGUCUUAAGUAGCCACUCACACGCUGGAGGAAGGGCAUGAGUUCGACUCCGCCAACACGCGGAUAUUGGCGCGAGCCGGCAACAAGACAGGGCGAGAGCUGUUGGAGGCGUGGGUGUCGGACACCAACUCCAUCAACAGACACAUCGAGUUGCUUGCGUUCUAUCACGCGCUCCGCCCACGCAGCCAGGUGGCGCAGCUCACACCGUCGCAAAGUACAAACGGCGUCACCACGCCGGGGGAACAUCGUGGACCAGGCGGCACAAACCCUACCUAGCCACGGACGUACUUCCCCUCCCCCCCCCGCAAAGACGAACAUUAUAAAUGUUCACAAUUUGCUGCACUCGAGUAGUCUCUGAUGAUGAACUCUAGUUCGAGUUCGAAAGCUCAGGCAAAUUAACCUACUGUCCCAGUGGUUUUCGUCCUUUUCGAUGCCCCUAUAGAUUUAAGCAUACGUUAUGGUCAAAUAAACAAACUGUCAUGUAUGUAUUCAUUUUUGGGUUGCUCACGCCUUAUUCAGAUUUCAUAACCGAUAGGGGAAUAAAUUUUGAUUUUCAAAUGAUAUUUUUUAAUUCUCAAAUUAUUUCAACCCGACUUGCAUUUUAACUGGCGUCUAGGCGUCCAGCACAAUCAGCUGCAAAUUUGCAUGUAAGAAAAAUCAUAUAGGGUACAUAUGGCUCACACACGUUAGUAAUGGACAUUGACUAGAUUAAAUUCUUUGUGAGAAGUAUUUAUGAACGGAAGGAAAAGAUGCGACUUCGGUAGACACGUAUUGCUAUUACAAUUUUUAUAGUUAGAAAAUUGUGAAAACAAAUUUGCCCUCUCUUCAAGUGCAAAGAUCGGUAGUAGGCGUAAUUUAUUCCCACGUAAGUUCGCGGGAGGAUAGUUCUGUGUACGGUAGGAGUAAACUGCCCGAUAAUUCUAGAUUUCAAAGUUUUAACCAGUGUUACUUUUUAGUACUCACUUAUUUCUGACCAAUAAAAAAGUUGCGACACGAUUGUCCCGAAAAAUAUAAAGUGGGUCAACAUUUUGCAAUCAUUCUAAAACGAUCUGACUUUAUAAAGGCACAGUAUGACCGUUCAAUAUGUCCACAAAUUCAGUGAAAUAUCUCGUCUGGGAUCUUACUAAACUGCUAAAGAUACCCGACAGUAGACAAACAAACAAAUAAGAUCUGUCUGUCGUGAUUAGCAGUAUUAGAACGUUCUGUCUUUCUCAAGCAAUCUUUUUGCACACAGAGCAAGAUAAGGGGAUGCAAAAGAUAAAUUCUAGACUUCAUUUUAAUUUAAGAUCCUUUAAAUGCGCCAUCUAUUUUCAGCAAAUAAGGAACUCGACGAGAUGAAGGAAGCAAUAAAAACAUGGAAUGAGGAAACAUGUGUUGAGCUCCGACCGUUCAGAAGUGGUGACAAGAGCUGGGUCAGGAUAACGGAUGGACACGGGUGGGUAGCGCCAUUUAAAUUUAUUUAAAUGGAUAUGUCUGAUUCCUUAAAGAAUAACUUGGUGGGUGUUGACAAGCUGUGCUAGUCACGCAGUGUCCUGAGGAACGAAUGUUGACUUCAGUUCAUUUAAAAAACUAUAAUAUUUAAAGGUUUUGCCAAUACUGAAUGCCGUAGAAAAUAAACUCUAGUGCAAAUGACUUAUUUCGUGCUGCCAAACAUGCGUGAAUCUUCUAUAUCGGCAGUUAUACCGUCAAUUUUUACGAUGACCGCCCUGUGGACCACAGCAGGUUAAACGCACGGACGAAGACUUGAGUGUGAAUUAGGUCAUAGUGGGAGUAGACUUGCCCGGCGUCUACCGCAGUCUCUCCUCAUCCUCCUUCUACUCUACAACCACUUGGGCCUGAGGUCAAGACAUGGUCGAAAAGAUCAAGGUGUGAUUGGGUGCAGGUGACUGGCACGGCAUAACCCCCGACUUAUGUAUGCCACCGCACCCCUUGCUCCACAAAAACUUCUGACCAGAGUGGGCCCGCUUGGAUCUCUCUAAGUGGGAGUGUCAAAGGGGCCACAUUAAGAAGCAGCCAUUACAGCCUGACUCAGUCCCCAGUCCGCCAAUCCGCACAAACACACACUUGGCCUUCUUCGAGGCUCAGAUUAUUCCCUUAGUAGGCAGUCUUCGAAGAAAGGCUUUUAGGUCACCGUGAUAUAUUCAAGCGCGUUAGAAUGUCUUUACUGAGGAGAAUGAGCUGCUUCGUCAAUCUCAUUCUUUAUUUCCACUCUCAGGCCCCACACACUUUCCGAGCCGGUCAGUUAUCUCGUGCGGCAAAUAGGCGCAGAGGCUGACAGCUAGUAACCUCGUCUGCGCAAGUCACAUACACGACCGACCUCUGCAAACACAAGUGCAAGGAUUUCACGCAAAAGGGGGUGGGAAGCAGGCAGCUCACAUGUGUGAGAGUUCCAGAGGUCACGUUAAAAAGGGGUCAUUUCUGUAUGACUCUCAGUCCACCAGUCGGCCACUCCACACAAACACACACUGGGCUGACUGCGGGGUCCGAAUUAAAUCGUCAGUUGCCAGUCUUAGAAACUACGGCUUUUGUCUCACCGUUAUGGUCUUGAGCUCUUCAGUUUGUGUAUAGUACGAAAAAUGCGCUGAGUGUCGCUUUUACUCCGGAGACCAGCUGACUACCCGAGCGAUAAACCAACUGAUAGAAUAUAUAGAUUAGGGGUGAGGUCGGCGUGAACACUAAUAAUGCACCGAAUAACAUGUUUCUUUUGGAAUUGUCAACUCAUGAUUUUAAAGCUAUGCCCAUCGUGAAAAUUCGCCAAUAGCCAAAGCAUUUUGUAGACAUUUAGAGACAAACCCAGCAAAAAUGAUCCUGCAGUAGCAGGGUUCAGGCAUGUUCAUUUUCAAAAUUCUGGAUGAAAUGUCUAUUCACGAGUUUCUUUGAUUAAAUAGACGAUGAUUUGGAAAGCAAAAAACAGUGGUCUUAAAACCUGCCUUAUAUUAAGGGGUUUAUGUGCAAAACCAAGCAAAGCCCAAGUCCGCUAUCCGCACAGGAUUAUAUUAAUUUUUGCCUAAAGUCUGCGCUAAACUACUUUUGUUUGCAACGACUAAUUAAUUAAUUAAUUCAUUUCCAUUCGGAUGUAUCUGAAAUGUUGCCGCUUAUAUUAGUCAUAUUUACUAUUUUCGCUCUAUUUCAAAAUAAUUUUAAAUUUCCCCACAAUAAUUACCUCAUAUGAAUUCUCUACUUCCGAUGCUUUGAAGGAAUCCGGGGCUGCGGUCUUAAUCCAACGCACACUCAAAUAGAUACUGUGAAAUAUCGCCACUUAAGAAAAAAAUAACCGCACAUGUUGGCUGAAGCCCUUGCCGGCAUAUAAAAACUGGAAGGCAUGGACACGGACGCGGGAGUUAUGUAGGAUAAACAAAAAACAGCCUGCUCUCGCGCUCUGCGAAAAAAGUAUUGUGGGUAACAGCUUAAGAGGUCCAAUGUUUUCGCAAGAUGUUUGUUAGCUGCCAAUCCGUAUAUGAAAAGUUGCUGUUUUUUUCUAAAAAAGCACUGUAUGGAAAUAUUUUUAAACUCUUUUCUGAAGAGUGCUGUCACGGUAUGGGUCUAGGUGUAAAUAGUACCAACAUAGGAGUUAUCCGUCCUACCCUAAGCUAAAUUAAUUUCGGGAAAAUGACGAUGAUGGAUAAGAUUAGAUUGGUUGCGCAUAAGGCAGUGGUAUACCGACUAAAUUACAUGUCUAGGACUCAACUGUAAACAAGGUUUAGUUCUGCUAAGUAAAAUCUACCCUUAUGUUUGAUAGAGAGGCGGGUGUUUCUAACAACGUGCAAUGGGAAGAUAAGAACUAUUGGCCAUUCCUUGCAAAUCUAGGUCCAGAAAACAUAGGUCCAGAAAAAAUUGGCAAAAUUUCAUGUUUAAGAUAGUCCUCGCAAUGCACCACGCAUUAAGAAUCCUUUUGCACCGUUGAAUUUUAAACUGUUCUUCAUUCAUCUUUAUUCUUCACUAGCUUCGUCUGAUUAACGAAGCAGAACAAUUGUAACAAGCAGAGUCCGGAACAGUUGCUCUUCAAAUUACAUUGAAAGCCAGAAAAUAUAAUUGAUAUUUUAAGAGUUCAAUGAAUUGGUUUCGGUUAGUCCAGUAAAGUAAAUGGGUAGUCUGGUAACAUAAAAACUAAACCAAGCAUAGAAAUCGAAUUUACAGUAUUUAAACAUCUGAGAAAGGCAUGAAAACGCAGAGAUUACCGGGCCCAGAAUUAGAUGUCAAGAAUUCCCGACAUUUACGCAAUCUGGGUGGCAAAAGUCAUCAGACACAUUCCAAAUACAACGAUACGCAAAUGUAUGGUGUUCCAGUAGGCCCAGAAGUGUAUAUUAAUGAGUGUUUCCUGAAGUGUCCACAUACAAAACAUAUUGUCUACUUUGCGUUGCACUACUGUGAAAGAUGGAAUAUAGCCCGAAUCCCACCGAUGCACAUUGAUAUUUCAGUGAAAGUUCACUCAGAAAAUUGCGUUAAGUUACACCAAUAAACUGCGCUUGCUGAGAACAAGGGAAUUUGCCAUUAAUUUUCUGCGAAUGUGAAAUAACAGUAGUUAUAUAAAGAAAGGAGAAAUUUAAAGAUUUAUGUUUAAACCGCUUUUAGACACAUUCUUCUCCUUUAAGUACAACAUUCCAAGAUUCUUGCUAUUUAGGUGGGAAAAAAAAUUUAUAACGCGUUAGAUUUAGAAGGACGUGGCUUUAUAAUUAUUGCAUUAUGAUUUGGAGGACGAUAUCAUAUUUCUUACACAUCUUCGUGAAAUAACAAGCCACGUAUGUAGACUGUGGAGAUGAAUUGACAAUAACUUACACACAAUUUCAGGCAUAAUUUACUACCACAUUUCUCGCGUUAUUUUUCAGCUGCAGCACUGAUUAUAUCGGAUUUGGUGGAAUAAGUGGUGAACAACGCCUAAUGUUAUCGAGUCACGGAUGCAGAUUUGUAAGUGAAAUUUCAGAGUUUUCCACAUAUAUCGUCUAAAUUUAAGAGGAUCCCAGAUACAGAAAAUGAAGCAAAUAUUAGGAGUCCGACAAAUUUUUACCGCGACACCUAUAAAUGUAGUAAAUUGUCAAUACUUCAGUCAGAGGACUUUACUGCAUAACCCCUUUUCUCUUGUGUUGGCGCACCGUGUAGGUCGUCACACAUUCACCGGCGCUAACUAAGGAGUUAAAGCUUCCCAAAGUCAUUGUUACUACUCGUCGCAGCUGUAGAUUAACCCAUAAAUAUGCAAAAAUCAUACCAAGAUGUACAAAAUUGGAUGACUUGAUGAUAGUCGGGUUCCGAGGGAGCUAUACUAUCCCCUUUGAAACCAUCGCAAAUUGUUUUCUGGAAAAUCUGAACAAGAGCUUUACCGUCUUUGUGACAGCACUCUACGCAGCUCAAGGGCAAAAAUGUGGCAAGAGCAAUCGAAUUUUUGGAACAGGUUUCACCUAAAAUGCAAAUAAGGAUACUGCGGUUGAAGUGUCAUAUAAGGAUUCUGGAGUGUCAAGCAAAUUUGAUAAUUAUUGGACUACUUAACUGUGCUAUAGCGGGGCAUUUUCAACCUCAGUUGACUGCUGACUUCGGUAAGCUGAUAAAUGAAUGUCUGCCUGCGAGACGCUCCUGUGAAUAUGUUGCUAAAAGUUUUUUUCAGGCAAGGUACGGAAAACUGCUCAGCAUAGACGCGCUGAGGGCCCAAUUUAAGCGUAAUCCAAAAGAUUUCAGGAAAACGCUUGUGUAGGAUCGGCGGAAUAGUCGAUCGGAUGAAAAGACGACAGGAACCAGCAUCAGAGGCAAAUGUAUGCAGGAGGACUAGACGAAGAUAUAGUGGCAAAUUACUGAAGUGCUUUUGGCCCACGCUGGCAGCGUCUGACCCUAGCUGGCCUUGUUGGAGGCCUUCCCAUUCAAUCUAGCAUUAACACGAUCAAUGUACUCCACUACCCGAAAGACUACUGGUUAACAUAUCCUACCGAUUUGCUCAAGCACUGACCCGCCUAGACGGCUCCUGACUUGCCAUGAACAGACGCCAAAACUGCUAACUAAACGGCCACAUUUAUUGAGACAGACAGCGGAUGUUAGCAGUGUCGACACAGUGCCAGGCUACUUCCGCUACGACCGUACAGGUGUUUAGCUCGUUCUUCUGGUCAAAAACCUGCUUAUACAUGCCAGCACAAAUUAAUAGCUACUAAUGCGGCUAAAUCGCGUAAAUGACUCCCAGUAACGGGCCAAACGUAUUUCUUCUACGACUCAAGUGAAUUUUUGUAUAAUAAACGUGGUUAACUUAGGGGUGGAUUAUCAGCCACGUAGUGGCAGGUAUCGAUAAGGCCCUAUGAUUGGUCAGCUAUUACAUAUACGCUUGUCAAUCGUUUUGACAUGAAGGGAUUGAGCAGUGAGGAAGUGAAACCAGCAUUGCGCAAUUCGCCUCCGGUAUAAUCUAAAUAACGCGAAACUCAUCAUCGUCACAAUCUCCUUAUAUACCUCUACAACCAGUGCGUCAAAGUCUCACGGUUACGGGUUAUGUAGCACUGCCUAGUCACCCCACGAAAAUGGGUGUCAUUUCUAAUAGCGGAGCAUUAAGCACCAGCCAAUUUCAGCAGUCUCCUGGGAGUUCAUUAUCUGUCCUCAGGAAGACAAUGUUUAAGUACACGCGGAGAAUGGAGUGAAAAAUAUCGUCGUAGAAAGCGCAUGUUUGCAUUCAUCAGUCGGGUGAGCAUGAGUAUGCAAACCUAGUUAGCAUUGGAUUACAGCCCUAUGACCCUUCCAUCAGAGUGAAGUCACACAUUUUGUCAGCCUAGUGUGUUUGUUUUUAUUUGAUAACCUGAAAACCAGUUGAAUAGUCUGAAUAAAUUCUUCUCGUACCGUUCCGUACUAUUUCUAUUGAUGAUAUGGAGGUGGUCAUGCAAUGAGCAACUCUCGGUGAAAUUCAAGGCUGCACUGCCUAAUAAAACAAAACUUCGGCAACAUGACACGACAGAUAAACGGACAUAUGAUAGUUUGACCGUUGCAAUCCGACAAGGUCCACCGUGUGCCCCACAGCAAGGUAAAGUAGGCCCGGUGACUUUCACGUGAAUUAGUUUAUGGUGAAUGUAGACUUACGAAAUAUCCAUCGUACUCUCUUCUCCUCCUUCACCUGGAUACGGUGUUGAGGCCGAGAUAUUACGACCGGAGACAGGGAAGGGCGCGGGUGGAUUGCCGGACUCGCACCUAGGCGUACCACUCUACACCCCCUGGUUCACAACCAGGAUUUUGACCAGCAAAUCAACGGCAGAAAUGACGUGGAUGACUGAGCGCUCAUACACACGAUCUGUGUACCCAGUGGGUUUGCAAGCGCAUUUAACAGUAGGGAACCACGUACCGGAGAACUGCCAGCGCACAACAGGCUGUAAGGGCCUUGAUUUGUUGAUAUUGACAUAGCAGCUGCUCAGAAACAUUGGAAACAUACUUAUACAAAUGUAUGCAUUUCUAUGGCGAUAGAAAUUGGUAGAAUAAGUGAUACUCAUUGCGAAAUGCGACCUACCUACUUGCCUUGGAAGUCAUUGUGAAACACACGUCCAUAUUGGCAGAUCUCAAUCUAAACGCGACCACAAAGAAUACUAAUUAUAAUUCCUUAAGACCAAAGCCGUUUCCGAGGCCCACGCGAACGAACGGACCUUUUAAAACAAAACCGCCGGAUUCUCGUGCCACCCAAAAAGGAGGCAGCAGAAAAUUAUGCAUAAAAUUAUUCAAUUGUAAUGUGAAUCCUGAAGACAUGAAACCUGAGACGUGAUCUCAACCACCUCAACCUGCGCAAUGAGUUCCACGAAUACUAGAAAGUUCCUACAGCACUUUCGUCUAUCUGAGAGAGGAAUUCGAUACAGCGAACAGACGCAUUUUUCAAAAAAUAUUGAUAAAAUUUACACGUUUAGCAAAACUCCCACGUAGGAUGUGGCACCUUAACUACAAGUAGACCCGUCUAUUGAGGAAUGGGUUGAUAUUAGGUGCGGUUACCAUAACAAGCGAAGGGAAGCUGAGUUACGUACACAGCAAAACAUUCAAAUAACUUAUGCUUUUCGCGGUGUAACUGGACGGCUUCAGGCACAAACGAGCAGCCAUCAACGUUACCCUUGGAACUAUUAUUUUAAGAAUGUCCAUUCAGCGGAAGCUCGAAAUGGUAUGAUGCGCAGCCGGUCCGUCAAUGGCAGUAUAGAUGACUGCCGAAACAGAAGUACUGCGUUGCGUGCGUAUCCUCGUUUCAGGAUAUGGAGUUUACCAUUGUGUGCUCGCAUGGAAACGCAAUUUACCAAUAUCAUCACGCUUUUCUAUAGUACGAGCAUCAUAUCCAAAAUUAUAACAGCUGACGACAUGACUAUAGUGCGCUUCUGAAAUAUAAGCCUUGGUCUCGAUAGGAUAUAAGUGGACAAAGCGUCCUCCUACGAACAUAUUUAAGUACAGUAGGUGGGCUAACUCAUGAAAUCUCAACAGAAAUUCGGAAAUGCGUUUUCGUUUCGGAAAGAUUAAUAAAGUAAGGUUGUAAAACCAAUCAUCGUACAGCAUAAUUUCUAUAAUACUUCAGUUACACCCGGACGUCGGUUUUCGAACAAACUUCUUGCCGGCUGCAUCUAAAAACCAUACUCCGUGAGGAAUGACAACUUUAAAAGCAUGCAUUUGUUUCAUUGAUAUUCGAUGCCCUUAAAGAUUUAAUUAUAUUUUAUGGAAAGCCUACAUGAAAAUAUUCAUUCUUUUGCUCACUCUGUAGAAAAUCACAUCUGCUUUCAAUUUUACACUCGAAGGAAAGAUAUAAUUUGGUUAUAUAAAACUUUUCCAAUUCCUGAAUAAUUUUGAACCGACUUGCCGUUACACUUGCAUUCAGGAUUCCCAAACUACAAGCCGUAUAAUUUCCGCGUACGGAAAACCACAUAUUUCCCUGCGGUAUUAAAAGAAAGCCAUAUGAGGUUCAUAAAAUUAAGCAGUAGAUUUGAGCCACAUUGUUAACUUUAUAAGCCACUUUGGUAAAUGCAGAGACAUGACGUUUCAUGAAGGGCCAUUUCAUGGUAUUAAAAAAUCUCACAAUAAGAAACUUUUUUAAAACCGAAUUAAACUCUUCCUUUUAUUGUAAAAUUGAAGGAAGACGUACGUUCCUACUGAUUGAGCGGUAGAAUGAAUAGUUUUAUGCAUCCUUUCCAUGAAACAUAAUAGCAUCUUUAAGGGCAUCGAAAAUCGAAGAGAAAAAUGCAUGCUUCAUAAGUUGUCAUUUCUCACGGAGAAUUGUUUUCAGAUGCAGCCGGACAGAAGUUUGUUCGAAAGCUGGCGUCCGGGGGUAACUGAAUUAUUAUAGAAUUAUGCUGUAUGAUGGUUGGUUUUACAACCCUACUUAAGUAAUCUUUUCGAAACGAAAACGCAUUUCAGGAUUUCUGUUGAGAUUUCAUGAGUUAGCCCACCUACUGUAUAUAAAAACCGUUAGUUUUCACCCUGAUUUAGCUCUGGUGCUUAAUGAAUUGGGCCGAUGAAAUUUAGCGCCUCCUGUGUCCUAUACGUUUUCGCGUGCAAUCUCACAUAUGUUGCCUAUAUCUCGCUACCUCGACAAAAUAAGUAGCACACUAUUUCUAUUUAAUGCUUUUGACCUGUUCAUCGUGGCAUGGGUACGCUACCCGAAAUAUAAGACUUAUUUUUGCAUUCUCACCGUUUCGUUCCACACGAGGCUUCAUAGUUUUUUAAGAAAUUUCAGACGCUCAGAAUACAAAUAUCUUUUACAGGACGUUUUGCAUCAUGCGCUAGCUACGUUGUCUUCGGUAUUUUCAAUGCUCUUAUCCGUGCAACCACUAUUCCGACUACACCAUCACUUCUGGUGACUUAUUAGUUAAUUUUAAGGGGGGGGGGAAUGACGAAAAGGCUUCUAACCAAUUAACACUAUUGUGUAUUCAGGUCUGCUGGUGGUUUUCUUGCUUAACCGCAAAUUAGGGGGCAGACGGCCUUUUAUCUCUGGGUGUCACUGUGUGCAGACAAACGCAUGGCACAGUUUCACCUUUUUUCAUGACUACAACAACCUAAUCUAACCUGAACAGUUCCCAUAUUUUGUCGGAAGUAUCUUAAAGAAUGCAAGCGGCAUUUGAUCAGGUUUGUUGCUGUUACGCGGCAAGACAUGCUUGACUUAUUCCCGCUUCCAGGGCAUAGUCUGGGAUCAGUUAUUAGUUUCACUGGACUACCCCACCCACAUGCCAAUAAACCAGUGAAAUUCAACGAGUAUCAACCAUAACUUCAUGAAACACAGGCAAAUACCCUAAUUCCAAUGUUGGUAUAACUCCAGGGACAGUUUUCAACGUCUUCGUACCCACACAAUUUCCAUCUCAGUAUCCCCCUGCCCAGACUAAAUACUUCCAGGGCUCCAAUUACAAGCUGGACCUGGUAAAACCUAAUUUUGGAGAAAUAAGUUAAAAUGACAACCGAUCCUGUAGUUGGGGUUGCUGGUUACUUGCUCAUCGCUUACCUGGGCAUUACGGGAUCACAUUUUCGAACUACUUACAAGGUAGGCUUUAUGCCACAGUGAAAGGCGAGCGUAAGUGGUCCAAGCUAGCGAGCUUAUUAGUCCAAAAUAUGUAGCAAAGCACAAAAUAUGAUCCGUACAUUGGGUAGAUUGCUUGCUUCUAGCAUAAUUUAAGGAAAGUGUGAAAAUAAAUUGAUACGGAUUGCGAAGGCCGGGGAAAUGGCCGAAAUACUUAAGCCUUUCGAUAACCCUGCGGGUGCUGAAUAUAUAAUAUUUUUGUAUAAGACUCUUCUUGAAGAAAUAUUCAGUCCCUUUUUAGAUGCAAAAUGUUUGCAAGUUCUCUUGUUAUUAUGUAAUUCGGUGCUAAAAUACUGUCAUUCGAUUCUGUCUAUGUCGACAGUAGUCCGUCGUUCAUCAGCGUAGUAGCAAAUGACCCGUCUAUCAAACAUAAGGACUCACACAGCAAUUUCCACCACCACUAUUGCAGCACAAAUUCCUAGUCAGGGAAAACCAAACGUUACUUCAGCUGAUUAACGGUAAAAAAUGUAAGCGGAAAUGUAUUUGUCGUUUUAUAUUUUUUGCAAAAGUACAGGUGAUUAUAAAAACAGUGGCAUAUUUCGGGUGGAUUUAAGGUGGAAAACGGAAGGGACUUGGACGUUAAGCGCCUCUGGCCUAUGCAUUGGAUAGUUCAACGGACCAAAUUCUUAACUCAUUUUUGCAGGUUUACGCCUUUUAUUAUUUUCUUUGUGACAUUGUAGGCCAUUAUGCGUUCGCCUGUCCGUGGUCUAUAGCAUCAUAUUCAGAGCCCGCCUAUUCUGGGAAGCCAUGCAGAUGAGCGUUAGUCUCUUAUUUAGUGCAAUUACGUCUGUUUGAACCGUUAAAUAUAAGAGUAACCACAGAAUAAAGGCCACUUUUAGCAGAAACACCGUCUUUUGGAACAUUGCGGGUGUAAGUAAAAGCAUCUUAGAGGGACGACGACUCUUAAGGUUCCACAGUCAUGAUUUGAAAUUAAAGGUAUUUUCUUUUGCAAACAAAACAACGAAAAGAUCAGUUCGCGUGACACGGAAGUUCAUUUCAACAAUGGGCUUGGUUUUUAAAAAAGGACGAACUAUCCGGGUGUUUAUGAGUUCAAUUUCUACAUUCUGUCGCAUGUCAAUGCAAAUCGCUGUGCUUAUGUUUUUCUGACUAGUAUGGACUUUAUGUGCACGAACUGGGACAUGUCAUUGGCUUGGAACAUGAACACGUUAGAUCCGACAGAGACGAAGUUGUGGAUGUUGAUAUGAACGAUGUAGCAGAUGAAUACCAGCGCGCCUACGAAAAGAGGAAAGCGGCUGAGCUGAAUACCUUCGGAACACCCUACGAUCUACAAUCCAUUAUGCAUUAUGGACCUGAUGUACGUAAAAUGUGCUUAAAAAUUGAUAUUUGCAGUUUUGGUAGAUGCCUUUCUCACUACGUAUUUAUCACUCUGUACAAUGGUUUUAAUUAAGCAAACGUACUUGUGGGAAAAAAUAACAUGUGCGCUCCAGCACCAUCGACAGAAACGUCAGUGCCGUUUAUCCACACCAAUUAGAUAAGUUGCUCAGUUGUUUGUUUCCGCUAUAGCUCAUGAUUGUGCAAAAUUUAAAUCUUCUCCAAGGACCAUUUUCGAAGCACGCGCGUGCUUUUGGUAAAUUCUUUUCGGGCAAGUACAUUUAUGCGGGAACGAGGUAAAUACGUAAGCUUAUGAGCGAGAGUGGACAGAUUCGUGGUUCGGAAAAUACCAAAAAAUCCUUCAAAAAAUUGGCCAUUUCAUACCUCCUUACAAUGCUGAAAUUUAGAAAAGUGGUCAAUGAAAAGACCGUAAUGGGUGCUCUGCCGUAAUCCGUGACGACGUCCGUCGUGUACCCAAGAGCAUGGUGGGCCCAACGAUGAUGACAUGCGCGUGAGCGAUGACGUCCACCAUGCGCCGCCUCACGGAGUGAGCGCAGCACCGGAGACAUGUGCGGGCGAAUUGGUUUAUAGUGACAGCAGACUCGCGCAAUAUCUGCCGCACUUCCACCCAUGGCCGAGGGCAAGGCAACCAGGACGGUCGAAGGCGGCCUCGUGCUGACAAUGCAGAACGGCCCGUCUACGCGUGCCAUACACGACAUGGUCAAUGUAAAUUGUGCACCCACGUUCACUCACCUCAUGGGUUUAUUAAGUCACAUAAUUAUCCCCGAGUGCGGAAGUCACCGCAACAUCGACACACCAAGCAUGCCUAACACACCCAACAACUCUUCUGUCUUCAGGGUUACCAACAGCGCGUCCGCCAACGCUGCCGCCUGACAGGGCAAGCCAAUCCUCCUCUGAGGACUGAGAGUCGCACUGAAAUGGCUCCCUCUACGAAUAACAUCAGUUGCAAUCCCACUCUGCUGGGAUCCUAGCCGUCUUCCUUUCUUUUUGUGUGAAAUGUUGAUCGUCUAGUGUAGAUGAGGAGGUAUGGUUGUAUGCCUAGUUUUGGGUUUGAGCCGUGACGACCACCAGCGCCCAUACUAGUUUCCGGUCCGCUUGAUUCACCCAUGACACUGGGCCCAAAUGAGGGAGGAGAGAGUGUGGUAUGUGCAUCGCAAGUCCACUAGCACUAUAAGAGGAAAUGCACACGAGUCACCGCCCCUUGGCCAACUAUACUGAGGAGUACAUGGAAUCAUCGACUCUGACAGCUAAACCACGAGUGAGUCACCCCAAUACGCACUUAAUGCUGAGCACGAAGAUCCACUUAUGCAGCCAGCUGACAUCCCGUCAAGCCACAACUGUUAUCCCAUCGUAACAGUUUCUUAGUGCAUCUGAUUUGUUAUGCUGAGGAAUGUGCAGGUGUGUUGUGCAGCUGAUUUUCCAAUGUCUGCUCUACUAUAUCGCUCCUCCCUCUUGUAUCAGCUAACUGUUCAAGUUUGUUAGUCAUCUGGUGCUGAGAUCAGGAGGCACAGUGACUGAAAAAUCUCUUAAGAGUCCGUUUAUGAGUGUCACAUUCUACCGGGUCAGACACCCAGGUUGCAUCAAAUAACAUGCUUCCCAAUAACGUGAAUACAGCAUGUUCUCUGUGUGCGUCGGUUUUUAUGAGGUUGGUUCGUGUUUCGUGUAUGCUCUGGCUGGAUUGCGUCUGGCUUGUUUUACCGCAAGUUUCCAUGAAGGUGCGUGUGGCGAGUAGACCCAUGAGACGGUGGAAUUUUCUUUGGGCAAUGGCUGCAUGUGGGACGGGUGCGACGAGUGCAUAUUGGGAUUUGUGAAACCGGUUAACCGGCCUCGAUGCGAUGGAUCCGUAAGUGUACAAUCAGGCCGAUGUAUGAUGCAGAUUGCGACGGUAGUAAGGACAGGUUGGAACUGUGGCUACUGGACUGGCAAUGAAACGAUGCUAUUAGUGGUUUCAACGCUGAUGGUAUUGUAGGUUGAUUUGCUGAUGGUUGGGGAGUUUUCAAAUGCUAUCACUGCGGUGGACUCCACUGUCACGGAUACGCACAUGGCCAAUUUGACACAUGCAAUGUACGAACGUCUUCGAAAAACGAGAUGAGAAGUACAUGACGGGCGUAUGUUGGAGCAACUAUUCCCUAAGACACACUGUGUACAUGUUUGUUCGCGACGGUCGAGAUGACAUUAGGGGUCUACAGGUACUGUUUUUUCGACCCUCUGCGGUGGGUUCGCAAGUAUUCGAUUAGACUAAUGCGUAAUGAUAAAGUGUGAGAAUGUGUGAAUUCAAAUUGUUGGAGGCGGUGAUGUUUUCUAGGUCGGUAUGACUGUUCUUCUUGGUAUUGUUAGUGGUUGUGGUCGCAGUGGUGGUGGUGGUGGUGGUGGCGGCGGUGGCGUGUAGUGAGAGUAGAAGCGGGUUUAUCGUUUUGACGUUGCACUGGAUCUGCAAAUGUCCAGUGAGGCUGAUCAACGCCCGUGGCGUCCAUCGACAGCGUGGACAUCAUGGCAACGUUUGAGUGCUGGUAUCAUUGCUCGGUAACACUUGAUUUUUUGAGGAUUUUCUAUUUGCUUUGGCAGCAGCCAGUGACAGUGUUUCUUCAGUCUUUUAGACAGCGUGCCAUGCAUAUCGAUCUUAAAUUAGGUCCCCGCAGGUCUCGUGGAUGAAUUGCAGAUACUUGCAUAAGUUCUUAAAAGUGUCUUUGCAAUGACACUUUUAUCCUCCACGGCGUUGCCUUAGAAAAGCCGCUUGGGCAGUCACUAGUCGUCCAUCCUCCCGGUGUGGCCGCUCCAGCCAAUUGUUUCCGCCCCAAACGCGCUCUGCAUUUCGAGAACGCCGACUCUUUCUAGGGCCUGUGUGCCUCGGAUCCUUUUCUGUCAGUUAACACUUAGUGUUCUUCGUAAGCUGCAGAAAUGAAAACGUUUGAGUCUGCUUACUGGGUCUUCAUAAACAGUCGACGUUUCCGACCCGUACAAGUGCGCUUUCAGGACAACAGGCCUACACAUCGUUAGAUUUCUGUUGAGUAGGAUAUCGUGACGGUGUCAGACGGAGGGCUUUGACCAUCGAAAACUUGGCUGGUUUAAGAAAUUCGACCUACGAUUUCAUUUUCAAUCUUAGUAUUUCCUGAAAUAGCACUCCAAAGUUACCCGACUCAAAUUGACUCAAGUAUCAUACCGACUCAAGUAUCGAUUUCGACUCAAGUAUUGAACUCAAUUAUCAUUUGGUUCUGGUUGACGCAGGAUCAGUGUCCUCUUCGUGGCGGUGGUGGUUGGAUGAAAAUUGGAACAGUGGAUGGUGAAUAGUCCUACACUACACUGCAUGUCCUAUUGCGUUGUGAUGUUUAGUGCUUAGUUGUUCGCGAACAGUAUGUUGAGGACGCUGCCAACGAUCCCACCCCCGCUCCCCACCCAAAGACAUCUACGCCGACGGAAUCUAAACCGUUUUCCGUCUGUCUCGUAAUUGAUAUCCAUCCGAAGCCGCUCGUAGAUAUAGGCGUCCAUCAGCGUGGCGGAGAACAGGAGACUGAAGAGGGUAAGAGCAAGAACGUAUCCCCGCCUCGCCCAUUAAUAAUCGUGCAUAGUUUAAAAAUUGUCCCGUUGUCCGCGACGCAAGCCAUCAUUCCGUCAUGAAGUUGUCUUAACAUUUGAAUUAGCCACCCAGAUCAUACCGAUUUCGAUACACUUUUCAAGAAUCCAUCACAAUUUAUUCUCUCCAAAGCCUUCCCCAAAGCGACGAAGCUGGUUUAGAGUUUGGUUCUAACUUCUUGGCAUUUCUGCAUUGUAGAGCCGCAAAGUCAGGUUUGCGGUUUCAUGGCGUUUCCGAAAUCUGAUUUGCCUUUCUGAAAGAAGUACUUUCUAUAGACACAUGUCCAGGCAGUCGAGUAGAACACGGAUGGGAUUUUGAUGCACUUUCCGGCAACUAAUAGACAGUAACUGAUAUGGUAAUGUAUUCUAACCAUGGCCUAACUCGAACAAUUAUUAAAACCUUAAACUGCGGCUAUAGCAUAUGAACCCUGAACUUUGGAUAAGAAUUGUAAGAUUUCAGUCGAAAAGUAAACCGGAAAUCGUGUUGAUGGUUUCUGUUAACUCAUUCACGCCUUCAAAAAUUUUAAUUUUGCAGGCCUUCUCGGCUAACGUCGAUAAGUCACCACUCACCGUGAAGAACCCAGCCAUUCGACAUGUUUUGAAGGAUGUCUCUUCAAAGGACAUAUCGUUCUGGGACGCCAGAGCAAUAAAUAAAUAUUAUAAAUGUGAAAGUACGUGGUUUCUUGUUUUGUUUCUCUUAGUGAGGUUUUGUGACAUUUAAUUUUUAUUGGUUUUCACAGCAAACGUUAAGAGUGAAACGUGUAUUCAGGUACUGAAAACAUAUGCUUCAUGGCAAAUACUCGGCACAGAGUUAGGGUGUGAAUUAAGAAGAGGGUAGGAGCCCUUUGUAUGCAUAUUUUAAACGCACUGUUAAUUAAGGUUCAGUUCUAUAGUCUUAGUUCCAAAGUUGGUGCGGUUUCAAAAAUGGAUGUGAUUGCGUCACGGAAUAUAUGCAUUUAAUUCUUCAUUGACAGAUAUGUAACUUAGUUGUUUAUGUUCAAACAAACGUUUUCUAGGAGAAGGAGACACGAUCGCCGGGACAAGAGCUUUAUUAGCCUGACGUUUCGGAUUCCUACUCGAAUCCAUCAUCAGAGACAAAAGAGCAGAAACGGGUGAUUGUUGCACAAGGGGCUGCGGUAUUUAUAGGAUGCAGCAGCCAUGCUACCGCAUACCUAUGAACGUUCACGGCUUCCCCCUUCAUCCGGGACUGUCGCACUUGGUGUGAUCAUUGCUUGAUGGCCGACAUUCGAGUCGAUAAUUGCUGCAAUUUCAUCACGUGCGUUGAAUGUUCGCGUGAUGAUUGCUCGACCAUCUGACGCGUUGACCCGGGCGUUGGGAAGAGUGUUCACCAGUGCGCUCCCCGCGUGGCCAAUUACUCCGCCUAGACGAAGUCUCAGCACGCUGUAUUGAAUGGGAAGGUCGUUGCACUUGUUGAUGGACUGGGGGCCAGUAAACCAUGAUUCCAGUAGCUCCCGGCUCACUCGGUUGUCACCUCUUGCGAGAAUUUCGGCCUCAUCGAAUUUAAAUUUGCGGCCGGAUCUCGUCGAAUGGGCCGCAACUUGAGAGCUCGCGUCAUUUCUGCGCACCGCUGCCGCGUGUUCGGCCAUUCUCGUUCGGAGCUGUCUUCCGGUUUCUCCGACGUAGUUGCUUUGUCCGCAACUGCACCAGAUCCGAUAAACGACUCCAGACGUUUCUAGCCGUGGCAUUGGGUCUUUCGGUUUCAUGAUCAGACGCCUGAUGGUUACCUCCGGUCUGUGUGCCACUCCAACCCCAGGUGGUGCGAGAAGGCGGCCGACAGCUUCCGAAACGUUCUUGACAUACGGAAGUGUCCGCCAAGACUUGGUGUCCGUGCGGUUAGGCCUUUCGUCCCUUUUGCGUAUGCACCGGUCGACGAAGUUGCGCGGGUAGCCAUUGGCUUUGAAGACCCGUCGGAGGUAUUGUAGUUCUGCAAUUUUGUCUUCCGGCUCACUGCAGUGCGUUUCGACACGCCGAUAGAGCGUCCUUACACAACUGCGUUUGUGGCUGAUUGGGUGGUUACUGUUGAAGUUCAGUACUUGCAUCGUAUUUGUCGCUUUCCUAAACACUUUGGUCUUUAGUCCACCACAAUCCUUGCGGCAUACGAGGACAUACAGGAAGGCCAGCUGGUUGUUCUCUUCCUUCUCCAUCGUAAAUUGAAUGUCCGGUAAGACGGCGUUGAGAUAUUCUUGGAAUGUCAACACCUGAUCCCGUUCGAUGACGACGAAGGUAUCAUCCACAUACCGGCCCCAGAAUUUCGGUCUGUGGUGUUGGAAGACCAGCGACUCUAACCGUUGCAGGACCGCCUCGGCGAUGAAUCCCGAAAUCGGCGAACCCAUUGGUGUGCCCUUCACCUGUUCGUAGAUUGUCCCGUCGAACGUGAAGUACGUCCUGAGACAGAGCUUCAGGAGCUGGAGGAUUUGGGCGUGUCCAAGACGGUUCUCCGUUUCAUUGUAUUUGCUUUGUAGUAGCAGUUCAAUUGUCUCGAUCGCCAGGUCCUGGGGAAUAGAAGUAAAAAGGGAUGUAACAUCAAAAGAUACCAUGACCUAAUUUGGAUGGAUGCUUACCCCUUUGAGUUUCUCCAGGAAUUGUGCUGACGAAGAGACCGUGGUGUCUGACUCAGCGGUCAGGAACUUGAGACGCCGGAACAGCCACUUCGCCAGUCCGUACGUUGGAGUCCCUUUGAGCGACACGAUGGGUCGGAGAGGAGCGCCGUCUUUGUGCACCUUAGGGAGGCCGUAGAAUCGGGCCAAAGCCGCAUCUUGGGGUCUCGCCAUGCGUCUGUCGGUCGGUGUUUUUGCACCUGAGUUCUCCAAGGCCAACAACGUAGCAUUAAUUUCGCGUGUCAGCGUCUUUAAAGUCGUCGCUCUUCGCUUAUAUUGGCAAACGUUUUCUAAUUAACCAGUAGGAAUAAUGAACAUUGGAAAAAAAGCAAAUGAGCAGUCAGGGUUUUCAGUGGGCCCUCUGCUUUUUUCUCUGAGUAAUUGAUAUGUCAGUCUAUCUAUGACUGACUCCUGUGCUGCUCUUUGUUUUGUUAACCAAAAUCUCAGAACAAUGCAAAAAGCCACCGACCUGUUCAUCACCGGGCUUUGUUGACAAGAACUGCAAGUGUCAAGAUCCUUCAGGUAAGCUACAAGCAUCCCCCAUAUUUUACGGCAAAACUGACACGGUGUUUUGCUUUCACGCCUAUAAGCGUGUUCGGAAAAAUAGAUUCCUCCUAAACCUGCUUGUUUCUAAAUAGAAGAUACUAGAGCACAUAUAAAAGUGCUCCAUGGUUACAUGCUCUGUUCUGACCACAUAGCUAAACGGAAUUACCAUAGCCGAUCGUAAACAAAAAAUGAGGGAGCGAAAUCAGGCAUGCGUAUCAGUAACUCGAAAGGCAAGUGCGCUCAAUCCACUUGCACCUUCCCUCACUUCCGGUCUUUCGACUAUGUCUUGACACAGGGUCCAUGCGGGGAGGAGAGAGUGCGGUAGAUGUUGCACGGGUCUUCUCUGACUUUCAACUAAUUCAUGCGCAAGUCACCGUGGAUGCUCUCACAUUGAUGUGGAACACACGGUGGACAUCGUCGGACAAAACGGUCGAACGGUCAGGGGAAAAAUGAGAUUAAGACGUAAGAGCCCCAUUCCUAUGGCUUUUCGCGUGAACCUUCUUUGAUCUUGAGCGGAAGAUUUGUUUACUGGAACAGUUCAAAAGGGCAAAACAGAGUAGCUCUAUUCGUAUUUCUAAGGUUCCAUGAAUGCCACAUAUUCAUUUUGCUUAGGUUUUGGUUUUGAAAUGUCCUUUUAUUUUAACAAACCCAAUGGACAAUUUCAUUAUCUAACUUUAGGCAGGGUGUAUAAUGUAUUUAUUCAAAAAGAAAUAGGCAUUCGUCUAAAACUAUCUCAGUAGCAUUCUUCGUAGAAUGGCUAAUAUAAGAUUAUGCAAUCUCAGGUAGCUAUUUGGUUUAAGAAAACUUUUGCGCAACUGCUUCCGCAAAAACGCCCUCGCACGCAUUUCAUUGAAAACCUUUGACUCUCCUAAAGGGUACUUCUAGAACAUUUACAUUACCGCAAAUUAACAUAUAUAUUUGGCGGGAAUACAGUGUCGCAACACUUAGAAUUGUCUAUUCCCCCAGCAGCCUGUCUUACGAGCGGACUACUACCACUACUACCGCUGUUACUACUAAUACUACUACCACUGGCGGGAAUACAGUGUUGCAACACUGAAGAAAAGAUUUUCCCCCGUCCACCACCACUGAUACGGCGACUACUACUAAUAAUCCUACUAUUAGUACUACUACUACCACCGCCACCACGGCUGCCAAUGCUACUCUACCAUCGCUUACAGUAGGGAUAACUAACUGCAAUAAUACUAGCAUCAGUAACGGAGUGUUGCGACACUGAUAUCCAACCAUAUAUUUUAUCAACAUAAUCCUCGAGUGAACGAGUUCAGUUGAUAAGUCGUCGUUGUAUAUGCUCCCACAAUAAACUGCUUUAAAAAACAAGAUAUUUUGCAUCUGUCUUGGACAAGAACACAAGUGCUCUACAAAUCUUUUUCGCGCGACUACUUGACUCAUCAUAGAAAAGGAAUUUGCCAAGACGCGACAGGGCUAUUGGCCUUCUUUUCUUCCGCCAACAGUGCUUCCUUUAUAAUUGAAUAUGAUUGUUAGAAAGUCACAGACUAAGCUAAAAAGGAAUGUCGUAGAACUGGACACAAGCAUGAAUACCCAUUUUUGAAAAAUGAAAUAAGAGAUCCAUGCAGAUGCCCGCGAAUUGCAAUAGUGAAAGAUAUCAGUAACCCGUCUGAUAUUUCAUUUUAGAAAAUAAAAUGUCGUUUAGUAUUGAAAUUUCUAUAAGUUCCUAAAUCAAUAUACACUCCCUAUUCAAAGUUUUCUCGAAGCGGCGCUGUAAGGAUCAUCUGAGCAAAACUGAAUGUAGAACACUGGAGAAACAAAUGGACUGCAUUAGAAGAAAAAGCUACAUGACUAUCAACUGUCGCGACACGUGUGGAUUUUGUUACAAAAAAUCAUAUGCCGAAAUAAAAAAACCGAAGCGAAAGUAAGUUCAAAGUGCUUACAACCGCUAUCUACGUUUCUUUGCAUACAUAACAUUGGGUAAUGCUUCGGUUGUUUGUAACAAUUUACCUAGCAAUAUUAUUUGCCGGGACUGGCAAUCGCUGUCUAAAACAUUAAGCAGACUGUUAAAGGGUCACAAUAAGGCACUAUAGAGAGAAAGUCAGUUCAUCACUAAGAGAAGACAGUAUCUGAGUACGAAAAUAGAUAAGCAGUCGGUAUUGUGAAUUUAGCUCGGUGUGGCCAAAAUACGACUGCGGCAACUCGGUGCGCGACAAUUGCAACUUAAGUUUACGGUACUUUUCUUCUUAGUAUAUAUGCAAUUCGCGUGUAUGAAGGUUUUUUUACACAUUCUAUGUACAACUAUCCAACAUUGUUGAUUUCUUGUAGUCUACAAAGAAGAAGAAAUCAACACAUAAGGAGGGCAUUUAGAGGUGUGCUUCUAUAAUUCUCCAAUAUCCCAGGCGUAAAACGUGUUCACAGACGCAGAGCACAAGGCACUACAGUUAGCAGUUCCCUUUAGGCCUGGCCUGACUACUCUUAUCAGCAUCGAAAGGACUCGAAAAACAUUUUCAAUUAUACUAACGUGAUUUUCACAUGCUUAGUUAUGCAAUACAAUUUAUAAGAAAGUUUAUGGGCCAUCAGGCAAUCCAAAAUGUAACUUAAUAUUCUUCAAAUUCCGUUUUUGGCUGUAAGAGCAGCAGAAAACAUCCCAAAACAAAAAAAUCAACAGUUCUGCCCUUUUACCGUGCUCUCAAAACAAUAAAACGACGGGAACAUGGUGUUUAAUUUUCAAUUGUUUGGAAUGGGUGUGAGGCAAGCUCGUAAGGUUAACUAAGUAAUCAUCACUGUCAGCUAGGCAAGAGAUUUGGUUAGGAAUAACUGACAAAUUGCGCAGAAAGGCCAAAAUCGGCGUAAACUUGUGCAUCCUGCCAAAUGGUUACCGAAUCAUUUAAGGGUAUGAAAGCGAAAAAAAAUGAGAUUUGUCAAGAAUUAUCAGAUUUGAGAGUGGAGUUACCUACGGUAACAUACAAGUGAGAUUCAUUACACAAAUUUAUAAUGAUUCAGAACAAAACGUUGUUUAAGAAACAAUAUAACUUGGAAUUCAAAGCAAAAAUACGAAAUCAUGUCAGACAGCAACUCGAUGUCAAGGAAUAUUUAAGGAUUUCCAUCUUAUUUACUUUCAGAUGCGAUGAUUUCCACGAUAAAUGCUCUGAAUGGAAGAAGGCGAAACAGUGCACAAAAAAUCGCAAGUAUAUGGAAAAUACGUGUCCCAAGAGCUGCGGUGUCUGCAAUGAUACGACGGACGAGACAAAAUGUAGAGAUUUAUACAUUAUAACGGCCGAUUGCCAACAAUGGGCAGCAAGGGGCGAAUGUCAAAAAAACCCAAUUUGGAUGGCUAAAAACUGCGCAAAAUCAUGCGGUCGAUGCGGUGACUCGACGGAUGAGACUACAGACAAUUCUGCAGCCUGCAAAGAUACCUACGCUUUUCCAAAAGAAUGCAUUGGCUGGGCAGCAAGGGGCGAAUGUCAGAAAAACCCAAUUUGGAUGGCUGCAAACUGCGCCAAAUCAUGCGGUCGAUGCGGUGACUCGACGGAUGAGACUACAGACAAUUCGGCAGUCUGCAAAAAUAACGAUGCUUAUUCGAACCAAUGCAUAGUCUGGGCAAAAAGGGGCGAAUGUCAGAAAAACCCAAUUUGGAUGGCCGCGAACUGCGCCAAAUCAUGCGGCAAAUGUUCUGGAAAGAAUACGAGGUAAGAUUUCGAGCAAUUACUUUUAGGUUUAAGGCUGCGAAAACUCCCAUAUUCGAAAACGUUCAGAAAACGCCGCCAAGAAAUCCCGUACUUUGACCGGAUGUGAUACCGUUCCAAGAGAUUUUGCAGACAGCGAUGUAAUCAUCGUUUUUUUCCUCAGAAAUUAACUGCAAAUGUAGAUCAGUUCACUCUAGGUCUAUAGGUUCAGGCUGAAUUAUAUAUGUAUGCAUAUUUGUGCCGAGUUCCAUCAGCCACAGCGGAUAACCGCAUAAUAUUACUUAAAUGCCAACAGUGCGCUAGUAGUAUACUUUAAAUAAAUGGGAUACUAUGUUAACAGCACAGGUGCUAGCCAAAUGUGCAUACACGCGUGCUUUGCUGAUAUUCUGCCAUUUCAUAACACAUCUGCGAGGGUUUCGGCUCAUCAGUCGGCCCGCUAGCAUUCCUUAUCUGCUUUCCGCUAGAUACGCCAACUAAGAUAUUGUUUCUUUUUCAUUUCCUAAGAAAUUCGCUGUAAACUUGGAGUAGUUAUUCUAUGUCUAUCAGCUCAGACAGAAGAUUUUAUGCAUGGAUAUUUGGGCCUAGGUCCAUCAUGUACGGCGGGUAAACGCAAAAUAUUCAUUAACUGCAAACAGGCAGCUAGUAGCAUACUUUAGUCUAAGGGGAUAUCAUACUGACCACGAGCAUAUAGACCCACUGAUCUAUUCCAAGUUCGCAGUUAAUUUCAGAAGAAAUUAAAAGCGACAAGUUCCAUAUUGCAAUAUUUACCAGAAAGCAAGCGGGGAAUGCUGAGGGGACCACUGAUGAGCUGAGCCCAUCGCAGCUGUGUCAGGCAGGUGCGGAAUAUCGGUGAAACACGCAUGUUUGAGCUUUUGGCUAGUACCUAUGUUGAGAGUAUGGUAUCCACUUACCCUAAAACCAUCGUUUAUCAGAUGUAACUAGCGCUUUAAGCAACCUCGUUUUUAAAUCUAGUAAAUUAAAUGACGGACAUUAGUGCCUUGCGCAGGAUUAAGUUUAGAAUGUAGGAGUCUUUCGCAGCGUCUGACGCACUCUCUCCUCUCCCGCCUACCUGUCUCCUGUGACAGGACGGAGUCAAGACGGGCAAAGAUGGGCUCGAGUGCAGUGACUGGAAAGGCUUAACAGCCCACCUACGACUGUCGAACCCGAUCUAGUUUCAACAGAACGUAACAGACUUUCGUGAGGUUAGCCUUGAUCUCACAUUAGCCACAAUGCCAUAACGGCCACAUCUAGUAGGAACCAUAAAAGCCUGACUCUCAGUCCUGAGAGCGACAGUGUAAUCCCGUGAGUUGAUGUCUUUCCGGCCACGACUCUCAGGACGUCCUAAUGGGUCCGAGGGCGUCAUAGCUAUUGUAGUAAAAAAUACGCUGGUGUGACGUGAGGAAGGAUUCCCCAGUGUCGGCCUCAGUCAUACCUCUCUCGUAUGCAGCAGUUCACUUUCCGAUUCUGUCAAGCAGCUGGUAAUGUAGUUGGGUGUACUGACUGACACGACAUGUGGGUCUACGUCUAGUCGUGCUAUUACGCUUCUUCCAUGUACGGAAGUAAUAAUGGCUGAGGGCGGACUCUGCACAGCCUGAUAAGACACGUGUCGUGGACCAGUCUGAGUUCCGCCAUGGUCCAACGCAUUUACACAGUAAUGACCUUUUACAUGAAGAAGGCCGUGAAUACAGGGCAGAAGAUCUCCAGGAAAGAUGUAUUCAGAUUCUGUUGGCGCACAAAUAGCAGUUGAAGCCAAAAAGUUUGCGAGUUGCUUUAAUAGAUCAUGGGCAUGGCACUUUUGAAAUAUUGCGUCGAAAAGACGGAAAAUAGCCAUAAACGUGUGCAUUUGGCCAAAUAAUUGCAAAUUAUUUCAAGAUAUGAAACCAAAACCAGAUGAUAUUAUUCGAAGUUUAAUAGAGUUGAGGAGCAGUUUCUUUACGUUUGUGCUUAAGUAAGCCUGACUGCACAGUUUUAUCAUGUAUUGCAUAACAAACCAUUGCUUUUAAAUACGAGUUACGUAACUGCUCUCGUUUUUUACCGAAAAUACAGAGUUUCAAGCAACUUGCCAACCGAUUAGCAGAUUUGCAAAGGUAUUUGUUAAUUACGUUGGUGAUGUUCAAGAGUAAAUGCUUUGUUCCAAGCGUUUUAUACCAACAUUUAAAUUACUCGUGGGAAGUAUGCUUAGGAAAAUUCUCAAAAAUAACUUAAAUAGGAAUCCUGACCGUCUUUGCAUUCAUAGAAAACUACCAAAUCUUGUCAGGUAUCACUUCGAUGUCAAGCAGUUUUCUUUUGGAUUUCCAUCUUAUUUACUUUUAGCUGUAAGGAUUUACACGCAAAGUGCCCUCUAUGGUACAAAACUAAACAGUGCACGAAAAAUCGCAAGUAUAUGGAACGUACGUGUCCCAAGAGCUGCGGUGUCUGCACUGACUCGACGGACGAGACUACAGACAAUUCGGCAGCCUGCAGAGAUACCUACGCUUUUCCAAAAGAAUGCAUUGGCUGGGCCGCAAGGGGCGAAUGUCAGAAAAACCCAAUUUGGAUGGCUACAAACUGCGCAAAAUCAUGCGGUCGAUGCGGUGACUCGACGGAUGAGACUACAGACAAUUCGGCAGACUGCAGAGAUACCUACGCUUUUCCGAAAGAAUGCAUAGGCUGGGCAGCAAGUGGCGAAUGUCAGAAAAACCCAAUUUGGAUGGCUGCAAACUGCGCUAAAUCAUGCGGUCGAUGCGGUGACUCGACGGAUGAGACUACAGACAAUUCGGCAGUCUGCAAAAAUAACGAUGCUUAUUCGAACCAAUGCAUAGUCUGGGCAAAAAGGGGCGAAUGUCAGAAAAACCCAAUUUGGAUGGCCGCGAACUGCGCCAAAUCAUGCGACAAAUGUUCUGAAAAGAAUACGAGGUAAGAUUUCGAGCAAUUAAUUUUAGGUUUAAAGCUGCGACAGUUCCCACAGCAGUAAAUAGAAGACGAGGUGGCGGGCAUACGUAGCUUUCUAUACAUUUUCUUCGGGGUAGUACAGUGCGUUACCUAUCUCAUGAAAUGUUGGCUGAAAUUCUGAAAUGCGUUAUCGAUUAGGAAGAAAUACUUGGUCGCAGUUCUAAUACUGCUUAUCUUGUGGCAUACGUUUAUAACAUUUCGGACUUGGCAGGAUGUCGCCUUUGAACUGCACGUCUUUUUAAUCUCCUGUAGAAAGCAUGCCCGGUAAAAAAUGACUACAUAAGUAGCAUGCAUUUUUCCCAUUAAUUUUCGAUGGUCUUGCAAAUUCAAAUAUGUUUUGUAGAAACCACAAAAAAUGUGCUUUCUUUUAGUCAGUCAAUAGAGAAUCACGUCUUCUUUAUAUUUUAUACUUAAGGAAGGAGUAUAAUUAGGUUUUAAAAAAGUUUUCUAAUUGCCGAAAAAUUCGGAGCCUGAUCAUUCGUUGCAUUAGCGCUUAGUGAUUACACUCUACAAGGUGCAUGCGUUCCGCGUAAAGAAAAUCUCAUAUUUUUCUAUGUCAUAAAAGAGAUAUUAUGCAGAGUCCAUAACGUUUUGCAAUGGAUGCGGACCAUGUUGUACAUUUCCUAAGGAGCAGUGGUAAACGGCCAGGUACGAUGCUAUGUGAAUGGACAUUUCGCGGUCUUAAAAAGUCCCAUAAUUAGAAACUUUUUUAAAACCUAAUUAUACUCCUUCCUUAAGUAUAAAAUAUAAGGAAGACGUGAUUCUCUAUUGAUUGACUAAAAGAAAGCACAUUUUUGCUUGUGGUUUCUAUAAAAUAUAUUUGAAUUUCCAAAACCAUCGAAAAUCAAUGGGAAAAAUGCAUGCUACUUAUGUAGUCAUUUUUUACCGGGCACGCUCUCAACAGGAGAUUGAAGAGAAGUGCAUUUCAAAGGCGACAUCCUGCCAAGUCCGAAAUGUUAUCAAAGUAUGCCACAAGAUAAGCAGUAUUAGAACUGAGACCAAGUAUUUCUUCCUAAUCGAAAACGCAUUUCAGAAUUUCAGCCAACAUUUCAUGAGAUAGGUCACGCACUCUGCAAUUUUAUGGGAAGAGGGUAGAAGCAAAUACCUGUCAGUGAUAAGAGAAAUCGUUUAAAGUUUGUCUUAGAACACACCUCCCACACACCUACACCCUGCCUGUGUCCUAGGACAAACUUGAAUCGCGUUCUCUGAUCACUGAGACUUUUUGUUUCUACCCUUUCCCAUAUAACUGUACUGCCCAGAGGAGAAUUUGUCGGAAGCUACGCAUGCUCGCCACCUCAUCAUCCGUUUGCCUUUUGUAAUUAUUCCAUUUAUAGUAUUCAUUUGCUGUCGGCGAUAUUAAUUUCUACUCUCACUACUCAAUUCUGCCCUGAUGAAUCAGAGGCUGCGUCAGCAAACUAUGGGUGAGCACUCGUGUUAUUCCUGUCAUCUAAUGACCGAAUAAUCAUCUAAUCUAAGAAUAUAUAAAAUAGGCAAUAAUGUGUGACUGAAAAUUACGUUCAGAAUACGCCGAUAAAUACCUCCGGCCUUAGACCUCCUGCGAUACCUAUCCAACAGCUUUUACAUGCAGCUAACCUCUAAUGGUUUGUUGCUUUAUAGCUUCCUCAGGUAUAAACUGCGAACUUGGAGUAUAUAAUUUUCUAGGUCUAUAAGCUCUAGGAUUGUUUGGUGUCCCCUUACCCUGAAUUAUACUGCUAGCUGUCUCUCGGCAGUUUAGGUAUGUUACGCGUUUUAUCACUAUGAUUGAUGGACUUCGGCAGAAAUACUAAUACAUCCAAAUUUCUUUUUAAUCCUUUUAUCCUAGAAUACACUGAUCCACUCGAAGUUUGCGGUUACAUUUUGAGGACAUUAAAAGGGAACAUUUUCUAAUUUAGAGCACCUACGAGAAUUCAGACAGGCAAUACUUAGGGACUCACUGCUGAGCCAAAACCUUCGCAACUGUGUCAUGCAGCGGCAGCAUACCGGUAAAACACACUUGUAUCGGCUUUUGGCUAGUACCUGUGCGUUUAGUAUAGUAUCCACUUACCCUAAAUUGAGACAUUUUCCAGAUCCAAUUGGCGCUUUAAGCAACCUCGAUUUCAAGCCUACUACAUUAAAUAACCGGCUAAAGUGCCUUUCGCAGUAUUUAGCUUAGAGUAGAGAAGUCUUUUGCAGAGUCUGACGCGCUCUCCCUCCCCCCCUCAACGUCCUGGCUCCUGUGACAGAACGGAGUCAGUCAUUCCUCUCUCGUAUGCAGCAGUCCACUCUGCGAGCCUGUCAAGCAGAUGCAAUCGGAUGUAGUGACCGAGACGACGUGUAGGUCUACGUCCAGUCGUGCUAUUACACGUCUUCCAUGUAAGGCAGUAAUAAUUUGUGAAGGUGGACUCUGCACAGCCUGAUAAAACACGUGUUGUGGGCCAGUCUCAGAUCCGCUCUGGUCCAGCUCAUUUACACAGUAAUGACCUUUUACAUGAAGGACAUCCUGAGCGCAGGAUAGAAGAUCUCCAGGGCAAAUUGAUUGUUGCCGUUAAAUAAUUGAAAUUUUAAUGAGGCCACUGGGCUGUAUGUAGCAGUCAUUUUUGACUACUUUCCAUUUGCUACCAUGUUUUCGUGUUGUGCUAGGUACCUCUGAGUGGACCCAACAAUAACUACUAUGCUCUUACCAUAGACUUGCAUCUUUGUUUCUCAUAAAGGUUGAGCUGCAGUAAACCUCUAACAUGCGGUGGGGAAAAUGUUUUGUUCACUGAACGUCAAUCUCAAAUGAGAAAGAUAAAAGUGCGCUUUGCUUUAUAAACAUCAUUCUUGGAUAUUCAGCCAGAAUAGGGGAUAUUAUGUGGGCCGUAGUCUUAGUUGCUAAACGUUAGUCUUUUUAAUGCAUCGAGUAGAAGUCAUUCUGCUUUUUUAAGUAACUCAACCCGGAAUGGUCGUUCUUUGACCUAAAAUGCAUGGCCAGUUCGUGCGCUGCAAGUUAAGCACUCUAAUCUGGUCUCUAUGUGAACUCGCCUACUGUUCCUACGGGUGAGUCGGACUACUUACUCUAGGUGAUCGCAACCCACUCCUCUGAGACGGAUGUCUGACGCAGACACAAGAUUCCAAUGAAUAUCACUGGAUGUUUCGGUUGCAUUGUCCGCAGUGGAAUUGUGUCUGUGGGUCCCGGAUUCAUGAACGCCAAGGGCUCCUUUGGCCGUCAACAGACGGCCUUAUCAAAAUGGGUGACAACGAAGAAGACUCUUGGAUGCUCAGAACACCGUUCUGUUGACUGUCGAGUGCCAGUCGGACGUUUGCUCUGCUCUCAUAAGUGUUUGGACAUCCGUUCACGAAGGAGAGCUCACUAAAACGACAUUGGUCACAUCUUUUCUGUUGGGGUCCCGCGGUGUAUUUUAAAUUGUUGAUGCACAAGACGGCGUUUUGUUAGGGGAUAACUGGUGUCAAUGUUCUGUAUUUGCUUAAAAUUGGCGAUUAUUCUGCCAAUCGUCAGAUAUUCAGAUGUGUUGGUUGCAACGGACAAAUAUCGCUCAUAUCGGGUAUUCGGUCUUCUUCAGUUGUAAUUCUUUACAUGCUCAAGGACUGAAUUCAUGAAGAUGACUUUUGUCGAUGGUGUUUUGGCGGGGGGACCAAAAGCGCGAACAGCGAUUUUAACCCAGCAUGGAAACAACUGCCUUGAAGAAGUCAUUUGUCUCAUUAAUUUUCGAAGAGAGAUAUUUCGUCCAGGAAGCAAAAUGUGGUUUGCACUACCACUGGUUUUCAAACAGAAUCUGGGCUUGUGCUGCCACUUGGAUUUGACCAAACGCUACUUCAGGGUGAUCUUUGUAUCUGCCUGUUUGAUCGCGAUGUUAUCCAUUUUGGUUCUUUAAAGUGGUUUUUGCCCUUCUUAGUUAAAGACUUUAGUUUAUUAGCCAUAUACAUCACAAGACCUUGGUUUGGCCGAAAUUGCUCAAGUCAGUGUACGGCUUUUUCAGAGUAGCUGAUGUAUAGUUUUAUGAUUUCGUCUGUCAGCGGUAGGUGAUAACGGAUCCGUUUCGCCUUUAUUCCCUAACCGGGUAAGGACUGCUCGUACACAGACGCGCAGGAAACGUCAUAGAGAUUAGUAUGUUUUCAUCUAACUGAAAGACUAUCUUCUUUUUUCACGUAAUGCACUUGUACAUAUACUUUUGAAAUCUGUAUAAGACCGAACAGUUGUAAAAAUGUUUCUUCGCGGUUAAUGCCUCACAUUAUAUAGAAAGCCAACGCUUGCGCAGUAGUAUAUUCAACUAAUUUGUCUGAUGGAAUUUCGAGAAGGCUACUAAUGAACUGUUUUAAUUGUUCAUAGUGCAUACCUCAGGAAACGAAAUACUGGAAAAUUAUCCACCGACUGGUGUCUUGGGCAAUAUUACUCUAACGGGUUAGGUCCUCAAUAGAAAGAGCUAAAAACAGGACAAGUGCAAACAUAUUCUGCUCUAAAUGUAAGCACCUGAACGCAUUGUUUUGAAUUUUAGGUUCUUGUGA